AUGUCGGAGAAAAGGCCAGACAAGGCCAAGAAAUCACGCAAGACUGCUAGUAGACCGGAACCUCCAUCUGUUGACCAGGCAUCAUCAUCAACCAAGAGAGCCCAAGUGCAAGACACGGCCAUCUUUAGCCUGGGCCUAUUGGCGAAUAUAUCCGAAGGAUCAGAUAUACUGAGCCCUCUCAAGGCAGCUUGUCUGGCAACCAAGUCUAUCCUCGAAGCUGCCCAGGCCAUAGACAACAACCAAGAAGAAUGGAAUGACCUCAAACGUCGUCUGGUGGAACAAAGCUCUACUCUCGAAGAGCAACUCACGCUGUUCACCGCAAGCCCCCUUGAGGACGGCACCAUCGAUAGCGCGAUCAGUCGGGCCCUCGUUAACUAUGGCGAAUCCCUCAAGGAUAUGCAUGAUAUGGUCGACAAUCUGCAGAAGAAGCGCAGUGGCAGCAAGCUCGGCUUCUUGAAGGCAUUCAUUAAUGGAAAAGUGGAUGUAGGAGAGAUACUUAAGCUCAACAGGGAUAUCGAGCACAGCCAUAGGCUGUUCAUGGACGCCUUGAGUGUUUAUACCUCGUUACGUCUUCGAACCAUCGAAGAGACCACAAAAGCUACAAGUGCAAACGUGGAAACAAUUCUCACAGACGCCGACAACGCUGCUAUCCUCCAGCUGCCAACGUCAACAUUCAUUCCAUCCUCUGUCCAUAGAACAUGUCUGAAUGGAACCCGAGAGGCUGUUCUUCAGACAAUCUGGGAGUGGGCCAAGGACGAUGCAUCAGAGAACCCGAUAUUUUGGCUAUGCGACAUAGCUGGCUCGGGCAAAUCCACAGUGGCCAUGUCUGCAGCAGAAACAUGGCAGAGAGAUGGGAUACUAGGUGGCCAAUUCUUCUUCUCCCUCGCGAGCAGCGAAGGGUCAACUACCGACAAAUUUUGCUCUACCGUAGCGAGAGAUCUCGUUCACUACAUUCCCGAACUCGCGCCACACAUUGCUGCGGCCGUGAAGCAGAAACCUUCUAUUGUGCGGUGCUCUCUCGAGGAACAGUUCCAGACCCUCGUCACUGGUCCCCUUCAGCAAGGGUCAAAACGCGUAAUCCUUGUCCUCGAUGCACUCGACGAGUGCAAAUCCGCAGAACAGAGAAGAAAGCUACUCGAAAUGCUUUUCACCGCCGUCCGAGAUUGCAAGAAUCUCAAGAUAUUCAUGACGAGUCGGCCUGACCCUAUCAUCGAAAGCGCCCUAGGAUCACUCGCGAUCAAAACCAAGUUGGAGGACCGCCUCCAUGAUGUUCAUCAUCGCGAUAAUGUCGAUGACAUUGCGGUCUAUAUUCACCAAUCGCUAGAUGGAGUGCUGUCGGUGGACCAGAGGCAAAGGCUGGUUGAGAAGGCCGACAGGCUGUUCAUCUGGGCGAGUACAGCGUGUCGAAUGCUUACAAGCCAAUCCACCUUCAGUUCGCCGCAAGACAUAUAUGACGAUCUGGUCUCUAUGGAUCAGGCUGGAGCCAUAGAGAACGUAUACGAUCUGGUCUUCGAGCGCGUGGAUCCCGAAUUCUACACGGUAAUAAGUGCGAUGCUCGGUCUGCUGCUUGUUGCGUUCGAACCGCUCACUGCCGGUGAUCUGGACGAUCUGCUGAAGCACGCCAGCAUACGUGGAAGCGCCGAAGCGUUGGUGCGAAACCUUGGAAGCGUCCUCACCAAAGAUGCCACCACAAAUCUCCUCCAAUUUCGUCACCCCACAGUGGUCGAGUAUCUUCGACGACGCUCGUCUGCCUCUCCAACACCCGAUAAUCGUAACAGAAUCCGCCCCGAUAUCGUCAACAUGCACGGCCAAGCUGCAUCCUGGUGUCUCAAAUCCCUCAUGUCGCGGACCGAAGGCCUCAAGUUCAAUAUAUGUCAGCUCGAGUCAUCUUUUCACCUAAAUAGGCAGAUCCCAGACAUCGACACUAGAAUAUCUCGCUUUAUUUCGAGAAGACUCCGAUAUGCCAGUUCGCAUUGGUUGUUCCAUUUGGCGGAAACGGGAGACGACUGGCGACGCACACUCGAGAAUGGGGUAAAGCAAAUGACUCAAACCCUAUAUGUGCUGCCCUGGAUGGAGAUUCUGAGCUUCACUGGAGGAGUACCACGAGCGAUAGCAGGGCUUCGGGCCGUUGCAGACCAUACAGGAGUUAAUGAGGAGACUAGCAACAGGAUAACGGAGAUCCGGCGGUUUAUCAUGGCAUUUUCAGUGCCGAUCCAGGACAGUGCUCCACACAUUUACAUUUCGGCCCUUCCGUUUAUCCCUAAAAGGUCAAAAAUACGCCUUGAAGCUUUGGAUAAAUAUAUGAAUACCUUGAAAGUGACGCAAGGACUUGACGAAAUGUACCCUGGACUCCCCAGAACUCUGCGAGGCCAUAUCCUCCCUGUCACAGCGCUGGCAUUCUCCUCGGAUGGCUCUAGAUUUACCUCUGGUUCGGAAGACACAACAAUUCAAUUAUGGGACGCGGAGACUGGUCAGCCUUUGGGUGAACCGCUUCGAGGCCACGAAGGGUCUGUCAUGGCAGUCGCAUUCUCACCAGAUGGCUCCAGAAUUGUCUCUGGAUCAAGCGACAUGACAGUUAGAAUGUGGAAUGCGGUGACUGGCCAGCCUUCGGGGCAGCCACUCCGAGGACAUGAACACUAUGUCACGGGUGUGGCAUUCUCGCCGGAUGGCUCUCGAGUCAUAUCUGGCUCAUUAGAUACAACAAUUCGAUUAUGGGAUGCGACCACUGGUCAACCGUUGGGAGAUCCUCUCCGUGAUCAUGGCGGAUUUGUAUGGGCAGUGGCUUUCUCUCCAGAUGGCUCUAGAAUUGCCUCUGGCUCAUCCGACCAGACGAUUCGAGUGUGGGAUGCUGAAACUAGUCAGCUGGUAGAGCUACUCCGAGGUCAUGAAGGACCUGUUACUGCGGUCGCAUUCUCCCCCAAUGGCUCCCAAAUUGUCUCUGGCUCGCAGGAUAUGACAAUUCAGUUAUGGGAGGCACAGACCAGUCGGCCAGUAGGAAACCCACUUCGAGGGCAUAGCCACCAUGUCACAACUGUGGCAUUCUCACCAGAUGGCUCAAGAAUUGCGUCUGGCUCGAAAGAUAACACGAUUCGAAUGUGGGAUGCAGCAAAUAGGCAGCCAUUGGGAGAGUCACUGCAAGGUCAUGAAGGACCUGUCAGAGCAGUCGAAUUUUCGCCAGACAGCUCUAGAAUUGUCUCUGGCUCAGAUGAUGGGAUGAUUCGAUUCUGGGAUUCAGGGACUGGUCAGUCAUUGGGGGAGCUACUCCAAGGUCACCAAGCCUAUGUUACAGCUGUGGCAUUCUCGCCAGAUGGCUCCAAAAUCAUCUCUGGUUCGGACGACAUGACGAUUCGAAUGUGGGAUGCAGGGACUGGUCAGGCCUUGGGGCAGCCACUUCGAGGUCAUGAAGACUAUGUCACGACGGUGGCAUUCUCACCAGAUGGCACCAGAAUCGCAUCUGGCUCGAACGACAUGACGAUUCGAAUGUGGGAUGCUGGCACUGGUCAGAUGUUGGGAGAGCCACUCCAAGGUCAUGGACACAAUGUCACAGUGGUCGCAUUCUCGCCAGAUGGCUCAAGAAUUGUCUCUGGCUCUGAAGAUACGACGAUUCAAUUAUGGGAUGCGGAGACUGGUCAGCCAUUAGAACCAUUCUACGGUCACGUAAGGUGUGUCAAGGCAGUGGCAUUCUCUCCAGAUGGCUCCAGAAUUGUAUCUGGCUCCCACGACCACACAAUUCGAUUCUGGGAUGCAAGGACUGGUCGGCCGUUGGGGGAGCCAGUCCGAGGCCAUGAUGGGCCUGUCAUGGCGAUUGCGUUCUCGCCAGAUGGCUCCAGAAUUGCCUCUGGGUCGGAGGACGAGACGAUUCGGAUAUGGGACACUGUAACUGGUCAGCUGUUGGGGGAGCCACUCCGGGGGCAUGACUGGUAUGUCAUGGCAGUCGCAUUUUCGCCAGACGGCUCCCAAAUUGUCUCUGGCGCAUUUGACUACACAAUUCGGCUGUGGGAUGCAGGAACUGGUCAGCCUUUGGGACAGCCGCUGCGAGGUCAUCAGAGUUAUGUCAGCGCGGUGGCAUUCUCACCUGACGGCUCCAGAAUUGCAUCUGGCUCAUUAGAUAAGACAGUCUGUUUAUGGUCUACGAGUGCCAUUACAAGUCAAAGGAACUCGAACCAGGAUGAUAAAGGACUUGAAGAUUCAAGACCUCCGAAUGUCUCUGGCGUCUCCCUGAGACUCCGUGUACCUGGAUUCGAACAGUGCUCACUUUUGCGCGAUGGCUGGGUGCAAUCAUCUGGUAAAUAUCUAUUCUGGGUACCACCAGAGAAUAGACAUGGACUCGAAUAUCCCCACCUCCUUACAAUGCCAACGACGAGUUCCUUGCGCGCAACCAAGCUUGACUUUACUCGGUUUCGAUGCGGUCUCUCAUGGACAAAGGUUCGAAACGACACCUAUGACUGA